UGAGAUUCUAUUUCUUUGUCCAUCUCUGAUUUUAGUCCACCCAAAUUCUCUCUCACCCCCUCCUCUCUCUGAAAUUCCCAGAAAUUAAACACAAGAAAAUGGCGAAAGGUGAACGGAGGGUGUUGUUGGUGCUGGGGGACUACGUGGAAGACUACGAGGCGAUGGUUCCAUUUCAAGCACUGCAGGCAUAUGGAGUGUCCGUUGAUGCUGUCUGUCCUGGCAAGAAAGCUGGUGAUAUCUGCCGCACAGCCAUUCAUCAACUUUUUCCUGCUCACCAGACUUAUUCUGAAUCACGUGGUCACAAUUUUGCACUCAAUGCAACAUUUGAUGACAUUGAAUUUAACAAAUAUGAUGGAUUAAUAAUACCCGGAGGACGGGCACCUGAAUAUCUUGCUUUGGAUGCAUCGGUUUUAGAAUUGGUGAGAAAGUUUUCUGACUCCGGAAAGCCAAUUGCUUCGAUUUGCCAUGGGCAACUUGUCCUAGCAGCUGCAGGCUCAGUUAAAGGUAGAAAGUGUACGGCCUUCCCAGCUGUCAGACCUGUACUUGUUGCUGCAGGUGCUUAUUGGGUGGAACCCGAGACCAUGUUGGCGUGUGUUGUUGAUGGUAAUAUAAUUACUGGGGCUACAUAUGAAGGCCAUCCUGAGUUCAUUAGGCUUUUUGUGAAGGCACUAGGUGGUAACAUAACUGGUUCAGAUAGGAGGAUCCUGUUUCUCUGUGGGGACUUCAUGGAAGAUUAUGAGGUAAUUGUGCCUUUUCAGUCUCUUCAAGCUCUAGGAUGCCAUGUUGAUGCAGUUUGCCCCAAGAAGAAAGCUGGUGAAAUCUGUGCAACUGCUGUCCAUGAUUUUGAAGGUGACCAAACAUACAGUGAGAAGCCGGGCCAUAAUUUCACUUUAACAGCUGACUUUGAAGCUCUAGAUGUCUCAAGUUAUGAUGCUCUUGUAAUCCCUGGAGGUCGAGCCCCAGAAUAUUUGGCAUUGGAUGAGAAAGUUAUUGCAUUAGUGAAGCAAAUUGUGGAAGCCAGGAAACCAAUUGCAUCCAUAUGCCACGGGCAGCAGAUUUUAGCUGCUGCUGGUGUUCUACAGGGAAAGAAAUGUACUGCGUAUCCAGCAGUGAAGCUUAAUGUGGUUUUGUCGGGAGCAACAUGGCUGGAACCUGAUCCAAUAGAUAGUUGCUUCACGGAUGGAAAUUUGGUUACGGGAGCAGCGUGGCCGGGCCACCCAGAGUUCAUUUCUCAGUUGAUGUCAUUGCUUGAUAUUCGAGUAUCAUUCUAGUUGCUGUUUACUGGGUCAGCUGCUUGCAUGUACUUUAUGUAAUUCAUGAAAGAAUAAGGCAUGUAUGUUGUGUUAUGUUAAGGUGACGUUUGUAUAUGUGAAGGAACAAGUGACACUCUGGUUUUGAUAUGUAUAUGCCAUGUUCCAUGCAAGUUUGGUUGUGGAUGAAGCUUGUAUUAUACUACUUAUGCUUUAGAAGGACACUAUGAUUUAUUAGU